GCUGACGUGCGGCGGUGCUUCCUAAAACAUGGCGGCUCUCGAAGCGGCUGCGGAGCCGCUAACGGGGGUGGCGGCCGUUGGCUCAAAGGCGAAGGACGAAGAGGAGGAGGAAGAGGAGUCGCUUCCGCCGUGCGAGGCAGUGCGCUGGGCGCCGGUGGGGGCGGUGGCAGAGGCCGGGCCCGGGGCGGCGGCGUUCUCGGAAGAGGCGGCGGCCGAGGAGCCCGGAGCGGCCCCGGGCUCCCCGCCGGACUCGCCGGGCCGGACGCUGCGGCGGCUGCGGGCCGAGCGGCGGCGGCUGGACUCGGCGCUGCUCGCGCUGUCCUCGCAUUUCGCGCAGGUGCAGUUCCGCCUGCGGCAGGUGGUGCGCGGGGCGCCGGCGGAGCAGCAGCGCCUCCUGAGCGAGCUCGAGGACUUCGCUUUCCGCGGCUGCCCUCACGUCCUGGGUUACGGGAGCCCAGAGGACCCCGCCAGCGAUGAUGGCGACGGGAUGCCGGGAGACCGGCCACGGUUGCGGGGCGAGGACCAGAGUGAGCAGGAGAAACGGGAACAUCUGGAAACCCAAAGGGAGAAGCAGAAGGAACUGAUACUGCAGCUCAAAACCCAGCUCGAUGACCUGGAGACGUUUGCCUAUCAGGAAGGCAGUUACGACUCCCUGCCACAGUCGGUGGUCUUGGAAAGGCAGCGGCACCAGUCAAUAAAUAUUCCAGGAAUCCUGACUUUAAUGCUGUAUUUAUUAAAGCAACACCUGGGCAGACAGGUGAUCAUCGAUGAGUUAAUAAAGAAACUGGACAUGAACCUGAAUGAGGACCUCAGUUCACUGUCCACCGAGGAGCUUCGGCAGCGUGUGGAUGUAGCUGUAGCUCAGAUCGUCAACCCAGCCCGAGUGAAAGAACAGCUGGUUGAGCAGCUGAAAACUCAGAUCCGAGACCUCGAGAUGUUCAUCAGCUUCAUCCAAGAUGAAGUAGGAAGCCCAUUACAGACAGGUAGUGGACACUGUGAGUGCAAGGCCAGUGGGAAGACAGGAAACGGCUCCUGCAGAACUGGCAGCAGCAGACCACCUCCAGGAAACAGCAGAACGAAGGCAGAAGACAUGAAGAGAGUUCGGGAGACAGGGCUGCACCUGAUGCGGCGAGUGCUGGCAGUGCUCCAGAUCUUUGCUGUCAGCCAGUUCGGUUGCGCCACAGGCCAGAUCCCGCAGACCCUGUGGCAGAGGGACCAGGCUGACAGGGACUACUCCCCCUUACUGAAGAGGCUGGAGGUGUCAGUAGACAGGGUGAAGCAGCUGGCCUUGAGGCACCAGGCGCACGACCACUUCAUCAGCUCCGCCGGCCUCCAGGACCUCUCUCUGGGAGGCAAGGACGAGCUGACCGCGGCUGUGCGGAAGGAGCUGACUGUGGCCGUGAGGGACCUGCUGGCCCAUGGACUGUACGCCUCCUCACCGGGGAUGAGCCUCGUCAUGGCCCCCAUCGCCUGUCUGCUGCCGGCCUUCUCCUCGGCCCCCGAGGCCAUGCACCCCUGGGAGCUCUUUGUAAAGUACUACCACGCUAAGAACGGCCGUGCUUACGUGGAAUCCCCCGCCCGGAAGCUCUCACAGUCCUUCGCCCUGCCUGUCAUGGGAGGCACUGUGGUGACGCCCAAGCAGAGCCUGCUGACAGCCAUCCAUGUGGUGCUGACGGAGCACGACCCUUUUAAGCGCAGUGCAGACUCGGAGCUGAAGGCCUUGGUGUGCAUGGCGCUGAAUGAGCAGCGUCUCGUGUCCUGGGUGAACCUCAUCUGCAAGUCGGGGUCGCUCAUCGAGCCCCACUACCAGCCCUGGAGCUACAUGGCACACACAGGCUUUGAGAGCGCCCUCAACCUGCUUAGCCGCCUCAGCAGCCUCAAGUUCAGCCUCCCUGUAGACCUGGCUGUGCGCCAGCUCAAGAACAUCAAAGAUGCCUUUUGAUGAGGAUGCCCUGGCCCCAGACCAGCAUCUUGCUCAGUAAGGAUAGAUGGUUAGUCUUCUAGGAUAAGAGCAAGAAUUAGGAGGAGGGGCUAAAGACAUUUUCCCUAGCCAGAUGAUGCAAAGUCUCUCUCCCCCAUCAACUUAGCAUCUCAGAAAGAUAUGCUGGAGACCCUCUUGUUAAAAGGUUCUGCCGUGGCGUGUAACCACGGUGUACAUGGGAGCACAUAUACUUGAACCUGUUGGAAAGAAGUCAGUCAUGGCACGCACUCAUCAUGUCAUGUCUGAUUUGUAGAAAAUCCGGGUUGCUGUAACCAUGCUCUUCACGGUGGUGAGGGACAGCAUGAGUGAGUUGUUGGUCCUGGAAGACAUUCAACUUAGGGCUCCUGUCAGUCAAGUUGCGAGCCAUCUUCCUUCACUUGAAGCAGGUUUGAGAGAGUCCUAGGUCAGAAUUCACAUUCCUUUUGUGAAUACUGAUGCCUCUUUCUUCCUGACCCCAAGGUCAGGGGAGGCCGUGUGUGUUCCAUAGCUGCCUCUAAAACCGGGAGUGGGAAUAUCAGAACAGCAUUUUAAGGGUGUUUACCACAGUUGAUUUUUUUUUUUUUUUUUUUUUGGCUGCGCCGAGCAGCUUGCGGGAUCUUAGUUCCCCAGCCAAGGAUUGAACCCCGGGCCCACAGCAGUGAAAGCGCCGAGUCUUAGCCACUGGACCGCCAGGGAAUUCCCCACAGUUGAUUUUAAUAUGAGCCCUUUUUCAUGUAGAGGUAAGAACUGAAAUCUGUCCCUGACAACGUGGUCCUUUCCUCACAGCCCAGAUGAUGGUCUUUCGGUUUUGGAGCUGGUUUAUCAGGACAGCCACCAUCUGGUACCAUGUCCUCUGGCGAGUAACCUUUCCUCUGCACACCUCCCAGCUCCUCAGAAGGAAACGUGUCCAAGGUGUGUUCCACGUGUCCUGGAGGCUGGAUGGUGGAGGAGGUCUGACCACGUGAUCAUACUACAGCGGGGGUAGGAACUGUGGCAGAUGACUGGUGACAAAGAAGGGGCUCGGCAUUUCCUUGUAAAACUGACUCUAGACUGGUCCGAUUGGGUCUCUUUUAGCCUUUUUAGUUCGUGUUUGCCAUUCAGCUUGCAUCCUGAUCUGGGACUGACCAAAGAUGAGCAAAGUGUAUCACCUUCCGGAAAGCCAAAUGGGUUCCCAACACUAAUGAUUCAGCAUCGUUUCAUGUAUUAAAUUGCCAGCUGCACUUUGUGUCUGCACUAUUAUGUAGUGCAUUUUAACUUAAUUUUUUCAGUAAGAUAUUAUUUAAGAUAUAUUCUUGAUAAUUCAUUAGAAUUAGUCCUCCUUCAUGUGAAACAGGAUAAGUGUAAAAUGUUGUGAAAAAUGGUAUC